UGCGUCCCGGCUCGGAGCCCGCGAAGAGGACUAGGAGGAAGGCGCCUCCGUGGCCGCAGCCGCAGUACUCUGAGCGCGACGAGCCAUGAGCAGCGGCCCCGCGAGCGACCCCGCUGUCGCUGGCCGCCGCUGAGCCCGGCCGGGGGACGGCUCGCCGCUCCCCAGCACCCUUUGCAGACGGCACCCUCUCGCCUAGAGAAACAUGAUUCCGGUGACAGAGUUCCGGCAGUUCUCUGAGCAGCAGCCUGCCUUCCGGGUUCUGAAGCCAUGGUGGGAUGUAUUUACCGACUACUUGUCCGUGGCCAUGCUGAUGAUCGGUGUGUUCGGAUGCACUUUGCAGGUCAUGCAAGACAAGAUAAUCUGCCUUCCAAAAAGAGUGCAGGCUUCUCAGAACCAGUCUUCCGUUUCGAAUGUCUCUCAAGCAGUGGCCAGUACCACCCCACUGCCUCCACCGAAACCGUCUCCCACUAACCCAGUCACUGUGGAAAUGAAAGGACUGAAGACAGAUUUGGACCUUCAGCAGUACAGCUUCAUUAACCAGAUGUGCUAUGAGCGAGCCCUCCACUGGUACGCCAAGUAUUUCCCUUACCUCGUCCUCAUCCAUACCCUGGUCUUCAUGCUCUGUAGCAACUUUUGGUUCAAAUUCCCUGGUUCCAGCUCCAAAAUAGAACAUUUCAUCUCAAUCCUGGGGAAGUGUUUUGACUCUCCCUGGACCACACGGGCUUUAUCUGAAGUGUCUGGGGAGGACUCAGAAGAAAAGGACAACAGGAAGAACGUGAGCAGGUCCAACGCCACCCCGUCUGGUCCGGAAGGCGGCCUGGUCAACUCUCAGUCUUUAAAGUCAAUUCCUGAGAAGUUUGUGGUUGACAAAUCCACUGCAGGGGCUCUAGAUAAGAAGGAGGGUGAGCAAGCGAAGGCUUUAUUUGAGAAGGUGAAGAAGUUCAGGCUGCACGUAGAAGAAGGUGAUAUAUUAUACGCUAUGUAUGUUCGUCAGACUGUACUUAAGGUUAUAAAAUUCCUCAUCAUCAUUGCAUAUAAUAGCGCCCUGGUUUCCAAAGUCCAGUUUACAGUGGACUGCAAUGUUGACAUUCAGGACAUGACUGGAUAUAAGAACUUUUCCUGCAAUCACACCAUGGCACACUUGUUCUCGAAACUCUCCUUUUGCUACUUGUGCUUUGUAAGUAUCUACGGAUUGACGUGCCUUUAUACCUUAUACUGGCUGUUCUACCGUUCUCUGAGGGAGUACUCUUUUGAGUACGUCCGGCAGGAAACUGGAAUUGAUGAUAUUCCAGACGUGAAAAAUGACUUUGCUUUUAUGCUUCAUAUGAUAGAUCAGUACGACCCUCUGUAUUCCAAGAGAUUUGCAGUGUUCCUAUCUGAAGUGAGUGAAAACAAAUUAAAGCAGCUGAACUUAAACAACGAGUGGACUCCGGAUAAACUGAGGCAGAAGCUGCAGACGAAUGCCCAUAACCGCCUGGAAUUGCCUCUCAUCAUGCUCUCUGGGCUUCCAGACACUGUUUUUGAAAUCACGGAGUUGCAGUCUCUAAAACUUGAAAUCAUUAAGAAUGUCAUGGUACCAGCCACCAUUGCACAGCUAGACAAUCUCCAGGAGCUCUCUCUGCACCAGUGCUCGGUCAAAAUCCACAGCGCGGCGCUCUCCUUCCUGAAGGAGAACCUCAAGGUCUUGAGUGUCAAGUUUGAUGAUAUGAGGGAGCUGCCCCCCUGGAUGUAUGGCCUCCGGAACCUGGAGGAGCUCUACCUGGUUGGCUCUCUAAGUCACGAUAUUUCCAAAAAUAUCACCCUUGAGUCUCUGCGGGAUCUCAAAAGCCUUAAAAUUCUCUCUAUCAAAAGCAAUGUUUCCAAAAUCCCACAGGCAGUGGUUGAUGUUUCCAGCCAUCUCCAGAAGAUGUGCAUACACAACGAUGGCACCAAGCUGGUGAUGCUUAACAAUCUGAAGAAGAUGACCAAUCUGACAGAGCUGGAGCUGGUCCACUGUGACCUGGAGCGCAUUCCUCAUGCCGUGUUCAGCCUGCUUAGCCUCCAGGAAUUGGACCUCAAGGAAAAUAAUCUGAAAUCUAUAGAAGAGAUCGUUAGCUUCCAGCACUUGAGAAAGUUGACAGUGCUAAAACUGUGGUAUAACAGCAUCACCUACAUCCCAGAGCAUAUAAAGAAACUCACCAGCCUGGAGCGCCUCUUCUUUAGUCACAAUAAAAUAGAGGUGCUGCCUUCCCACCUCUUCCUAUGCAACAAGAUCCGAUACCUGGACUUGUCCUACAAUGACAUUAGAUUUAUCCCGCCUGAGAUCGGAGUCCUACAAAGUUUACAGUAUUUUUCCAUCACUUGUAACAAAGUGGAGAGCCUUCCAGAUGAACUCUAUUUCUGUAAGAAACUGAAAACUCUGAAGAUUGGGAAAAACAGCCUAUCAGUACUUUCACCAAAAAUUGGAAAUUUACUAUUUCUCUCCUAUUUAGAUGUCAAAGGCAAUCACUUUGAAAUUCUCCCUCCCGAACUGGGCGACUGUCGGGCUCUGAAGCGAGCUGGUUUAGUUGUAGAAGAUGCUCUGUUUGAAACCCUGCCUUCUGAUGUCCGGGAGCAAAUGAAAACAGAAUAACUUAUUUUUGUUUAAAGUUUGACUGAAACAUGCUUCUACCAAAUACAGUAUAAAUAAUUAGGUAGUCUUAAUGCCUUUCCUAUUUUAUUAUUUUUUUCUUUUUCACACAAAACAAAAUGUACACAAAGACUGAGUAAGGAGUAUGUAUUUUUAAUAAAAAGUUAAUUGUAUUUUUUCAAUAUUAA